AUGCAAAGUGGUUGUGGGGUCGUUUUUGGCACCAAGGCUGCAGCACUCAUAAUGAACGUAAUUCAGAUUGCUCGUGACCACCAGUUACAUAUACUCGUGCCUGUGGGAUUUGUCCCUGGAUGUUAUCUAGACAGAAAGAAUGCUGAAAAGCUAACUGCCUUCUGGAACAAGAGUGUGUUGUUUAAGAGGGAACUGAGAUGCUGUGAAGGAGUCACCUGGAAGUAA